UAGUGAUAUUUUGAGAAACGUCAAGUGUGCUGGUUUGUCAUUCUUGAUAGAAAAUCCUGAAUAAUUUGGAAAAAUCACAGCGAAUUUUGAUACAAUUUAAACAUUAACGAAAAUCAUGAAUUUCCUUCCCAAAACAAGAACGUCAUUCGUGCGUGCUAUCGUCAAUGUUAGAAUGUAUGCAGGCGAACCUGGAUCUGGAGCCGGUAAGGGUGGUGGUGGUGGUGGUUCGAUUCGAGAAGCCGGUGGUACCUUCGGUAAAAUGGAAGCUGCUAGAGAAGAUGAAUACUUCUACAAGAAGCAAAAGGAACAACUAGCAAACCUGAAGGGGCACUUGAACAAGGAGAUUGCCUUCCACCAGGAGCAGAUCAAACGACAUGAGGAUGCGAUCAGGCGUCACAAAGAACAAAUGUCUGACAUUGAAAAGCCCCAAUGAACUGGACAUCGAUAGUGAUAGUUUUCGAAGGCCUAAGAAUAUUCCUACAAAACAAAGAAGAAUAUAAAAUUUAUAUUGUUUUAAGUAAACUCUCCGGCUUUUAUUUUCUCUAGUUGCUAAAUUUCAAAAUAAAAAACUAAAGUAAUUUU